CACGCACGACCUCAGAAGUUCCGUCACUAACGCCUCACGCAAAAAAAGCUGACGUACUCGGGAAAAAGAUUAGGAUAAUUCGACGGAGACGAGCGCCCGAUCCGAUCUACUGACUCCCCCCGACCCGCAGCAGAGCCACAUAUACAAGAUCGCCCUAUCCAAGACUCCCGGGAUCCCAGGGAUGAGACCUCUGGGGACGAAAAACAGCGGAUAAGUUCGUGUGCCCGUGCGUGUGUGUGUGUGCGUUAGCAAAGCUGGAAAAUUGUUGCUGCGCAUCGGAGGAAAAUAAAGGACAUCAGGCAGCUGGAUUGGCAUGACGAGGAUAAAGCUAAAGCCAAGGCUAAAGACAGAGGCAUAGAGCUUGAGGAUAAACCGAGAAUCAAGGCUCCACUGAUUUCAGUGCCUUUGUGUGGCAGCAACAAGGUGUGCGAGUGUGUGUUGUGUGCGUGCGUGUGUUGCCUGCGCAGUGCGUUGUUGUUGCAGCUGCAAUCGUCAGUUGUUGCUGUUGUUCUCGGUGCUGUUGUUGUUGUUGUUGUUGUUGCUGUGUGACACAACAGUAACAAAAUAUUGAGCCGCCGAGCAAAACACAUAAUGUGGUCGUUCUUCUCGCGCGACUCCUCAAAAGACUUUCCCUACGACAUUGGCGAACCGGUGGGCGGCUUUGACCAGUACUCCAUAUGGACGCUGCACAAGGCCAAGCGCAAGACCACGCUGGAGGAGGUGUCGGUUUUUGUGUACGACAUCCGUAGCGGAUCCGACACCAAGUGCGAGCUGGCCAAGGCGGCACUGAAGCGGCUCAAGACAUUGCGUCACCCUAGCAUCCUGCAGUAUCUGGACUCGCUGGAAACGGACAAGAUGCUGUAUGUGGCCACCGAGGCGGUGGAUCCGCUUGGCACCUACUUCGCCAAGCUGGGCAGCGACAAUGUGCAGAAAGGCCUCUACCUGGCCUGGGGCAUCUUUCAGAUCACUCGCGCCUUGUCCUUUCUCAACAACGAUGGCAAUCUGCGGCACAACAAUGUUUCCGCCUGGUCGGUGUUUGUCAACGCCUCCGGCGAGUGGAAACUGGGCAGCCUGGAGUACGUCUCAGCAGCGGAUGGAAAUCCCAUGCCGCCUGCCAAAAUACCAGUGACCCUGGAGGUCUACGAUUCCCCUGAAAAGAACGAUCAGAGCAAGCUCAAGGCGGCCACCAAAUGCUCUGUGGACAUGUGGGGUCUUGGCUGUCUGGUGUGGGAAGCUUUCAACGGCGUGCUUAAGCAACGCUCCAACCUCAAGGAUAUAGAACACAUACCCAAGUCCCUGCAAUCACUCUAUUGCGAACUGGUGGGCGCCUCGCCUUCGAAUCGCCCCAAUCCGGCGGACAUAAUCACACGUUGCCGCAAGCCAGGUGGCUUUUUCAAAAACGAUUUGGUGGACACACUGCUCUUCCUGGAGGAGAUUCAAAUCAAGGACAAGGCGGAGAAGAAUCGCUUCUUCAGUGGCCUGACCACGCAUCUCGACAACUUUCCGGACAACGUGUGCAGGCACAAGAUUCUUCCACAGCUGAUAACAGCCUACGAGUACGGGGAUGCGGGCUCGGCAGUGCUGGCUCCCAUGUUUAAGCUGGGCAAACUGCUGGACGAGGUGGAGUACCAGAAACGCAUUGUGCCCUGCGUGGUCAAAUUGUUUGCUUCCACGGAUCGAGUAACGCGAUCGCGCCUGCUGCAGCAGCUGGAUCUGUUCAUCGCGCACUUGCAGCCACAGGUGGUCAACGAUCAGAUUUUCCCCCAGGUGGCUCACGGGUUCCUAGACACCAAUGCCACCAUACGCGAGCAGACCGUCAAGUCGAUCAUCCACUUGGCGCCCAAGCUCAACUACAACAACCUGAAUGUAGAGGUACUGCGUCACUUCGCCAGGCUGCAGGCGCGGGAUGACCAAGGUGGAAUUCGCACCAAUACGACGGUGUGUCUGGGCAAGAUUGCACCGCAUCUGCACCCGCAGGUGCGCCAGCGUGUGCUAGUCUCUGCUUUCAUUCGUGCCAUGCGGGAUCCUUUUCCGCCAGCAAGAGUCGCCGGAGUUUUGGCGCUGGCCGCCACACAGCAAUACUUUUUGCUCAGCGAGGUGGCCAACCGCGUUCUGCCAUCACUGUGUUCGCUUACUGUUGAUCCGGAGAAGACGGUGCGCGACCCGGCGUUCAAAACCAUCAGAGGCUUCUUGGGCAAACUGGAGAAGGUCUCCGAGGAUCCCAGUUUGCGGGAAACGAUGGAGGCGGAUGUUCACACGGCCACGCCUUCGAUUGGCAAUGCGGCGGCCACUUGGGCGGGAUGGGCGGUGACGGCCGUCACAGCCAAGUUCUAUCGCAGCCAAAGUGAUUCGUCUCGACCACGACCGCCUUUAACUGGACGCAAUCUGUCCAAGCCAGCGUCGCUUGAGCAACCAUCGAGCAGCAGUUUAUCGACCACCACGAGCAGUGUUACCUCAAUGACGUCGCUGGAGCAUGAAAGCAAUGACACCUCCGCCUCGGCCUCCGAUUAUGGCAACAACGAUUGGGACAACGAAAACUGGGGCGAAAUGGAUACCUCUCAGGAUCCCAGCAGUCCGCUGGCGGCCAGCUCCAAUAAUGGCGCCUUGAUGGCGGCCAAUGCCUUGAGCGAAGUGCGCGACGGCUGGGACAACGAGGAGUGGGGCAGUCUUGAAGAGGAUCCGUGCGAGGAGGAGGAGCAAGCGGAGCAGGAGCAGCAGCAACAACAGCUGGCUAGACAAUCUAUAUCAUCCACGUCAUCCAGUCAGCCAAAUCAGCGCCCGCUGCUGCCACAUCAGCAGCAGCAUCCCCAUCAGCAGCAGUUGCAGCAGCACGAACUAAACGAUCUGAUCGAGCCGCUAGCUAAGCUAAACUCGCACGUCACCUCGCCGUCGAAGCAGUCGAUGCUGCGGCCAAAGGAGCUGCCCAAUCUAUCCAGUAGCAAUACGUCGCCCACGUCGGCCACUGCCAAUUGCAAUAACAUUAGCCCGCCUUCGUCGCAUUUGAACAAUUCGACGCAUAAUGCCAAUUGGAAUAGCGAUUCGUGGGCCGACGGGGAGUUUGAGCCACUGGAUGAAUCGGGAUUUGGGAAUGCCAAACUGGACGAGGCCCGGCGCAAGCGGGAGGAGAAGAAGCUGCAGCGGCAGCGGGAGUUGGAGGCGCGACGGGCCCAGCGGGCGACCGGCCCCAUGAAGCUGGGCGCCAAAAAGCUUUAAAAGUAAUCAGCCGAUAACAGCGACGUGUGUUGUUUAGCUGUUAUUUCUAUCGUACAUCUAAGCCCAAAGUGUAUUUUGUAUAUUUCUGUGCGUGUGUGUCUUGUCCCGCUCCCAAAUUGCCCCAAUUAGCCGAAUUUGGCCGCUCUGUGUGUGCUUUGUGUUUGUUUUGGGUACCAGUUUGCAUUAAAUGCAAUCUCAGUGUCUCGAGCCUCCAUUUCGAUUCCGUAGCAUAGCCGUAUUGUAUUUCUAAUGCUGGCACGAUAUUAGCUAAUAUAUUCAGCGUCUCUAACGAAAUUUCCAAUGUAAAGCACUGUAAUUAAACCUGUAAUUUAUAUUUAUAAACCAACCAACCAGUAGCUAGUAAAUUACUUCAAAUUUA